CGUGGAGGCCGUUGUUGACUCAGAAGGCCAGUCACACGAUAGUCCAGGAAAAAUGUCUACCAUAAAAUUUGGAACAAGCCUCGGUGCUUCCAAAGUCAAGUCAACAGUUGAUCUUCAACGAGGCUGGGAGGAAGAUGCAGGAAAAUCAGAUGAUCCCAGUGAUCCCAACAAAUUGCUACAGUGCCCUUACGACAAAAACCAUCAGAUUCGGGCCUGUCGUUUCCCAUUUCAUCUUCUCAAAUGCCGGAAGAAUCAUCCCAAACUAGCAAGUGAACUUAAGACCUGCCCCUUCAAUGCCAAGCACCUAAUGCCCAGGUACGAGCUGUCCCAUCACAUUGAAAACUGCGAGGACAGACAGCGAUGUGUUGGUGUUGAGGAGGAACACACCGAGAUACUUCAGAAGUUUCAAGUUCCAGUCAGUACCUGGAGACAACCUGUAAUUGAGGAGGACUGGGAUCAAGAGGCUGAUGAGCAAGCUGAAACAUUUGUGUGGGGAGUGUCGGCCAAUCAGCUUGCCCAGAAUAAGCAUGUGAUUUCCACUACCAACCAUUUCACACCUGGGCUUCGUGCACCUCAGACGCUCCCUUGGAAACAGUUCUGAAAUCAAGAAAGGGGAGAAAAUGACUCCUGUCCACCAGUAGACUGCAUCUUUUUCAACAUGACUGAAGCAUUUUUAUUCUUAGUUUCAAAUU